GAGGGUGUGUGUAUCCUUGACUUCAAGACUAAUGAGACGGGGGAACCAGUCUAUAACAGGAGAGUCUCUAACCAUAGACUAAUGACCGUGUCCGUGGUACGGCGGAACGAUUAGCAUAUGGUGAAAUUACUCUUGCCAUGGUAACAUCACAUUAAUGGCCUAAAAUUAUUAAUAUUGUUCCCUUGGGUAGUUUGGAGAAUUAAUUGUGAUUUAGGGCGUUUAAUUCGAGGUAGAUAUAUUGGUAAACCUGCUAACAAUUUAUUCUGCCAGAGUAGGAACAUGGAUACCAUUCGCAGUUUCGUAUUCCUCUUGCUUGAGAUGUUUAUUGAGGUUUCAGCGUCUUAUAGUGUGAGUGGUCUUUACCAAGGGGUCUGGUAUCACCCGGUAGAGCACCACGCCCUACUAGGCCAUUCCUUCAUGAAUAUCUCGGGCAUCUCUGCCGUCAGAUGUUCAGUUCGGUGUCUCAGCCAUCAUGGAUGUUUUUCUUUCAACUACGAUCACAUCAAUCAAGUCUGUCAGAUGAACAACGCCAGUGCUGAGCAUGUCUGUGACAACUUUCAAGGAAAGCCGUAUUUUUCGUAUUACGACGCAACUGCAAAACCAAUGACUUGCCAGAUUAAUUUCGAUUCAAGAAAGGGGAAAUGCACCCCAUGGAAGACAUGCAGUACAUCAGAGAAACUCGGUCUCGAAGAUGGUUCGAUCCCUGACGAAAGCAUCACCGCAUCAAGCAUCAGGACUGAAGGCUUAUACGUAGGUACACCGGCUGGUGGCCGUCUCAACAAGAUACCCCCUUAUCCAAAUAUCAUAGGAGGAUGGCAUCCUUAUGCUGCGGAUACCAACCAGUGGAUACAGGUUGAUUUAGGCAACCCGACCUACGUCACUGGGGUACUCACACAGGGGCGUAACGGUGGAGAUGCCCAGUGGGUGACGAAGUACAGGGUGCAGUUCGAACCGCCCUCACCGGCAUGUCUUGUUGGUGUGAAGGACCAACUUGGUCAAACUCAGAUAUUCAAUGGCAACACCGACAGAAACAGCAUCGUGGAGAGGCGCUUCUUCAAGCCCGUCUUGAAGAUUCGCAUCGUGCCCGUUGAGUGGUAUGGUUAUAUGUGUCUGCGUUUUGAGCUGCUCGGUUGUAAAUAAGUUCCACGCACCUUUAAGA